UGCAAAGAUGUGUAACCCACUUAUUUUCAGUUAAAUCAACCAUUAUAGGAAGAAUCUGGACCAGUUAGUAUUCCAAACCCACAAACAAAUCUUUUAUGAUUAAUCUGUCUACAUCUCCAAACUCAAAAUGCUCUGUUCCACCUUGUGAUGUCAUAAAGUGGUAGUUUUUAUGUUAACAGCUACCUUUUAUAUUGUGUUCAGUAGAGAUUGGCAAUUCCAGGGCUGAACUGUUCCAAAUGAGUCUAGUGAAGGUGUGUGGAGUUUAGAAAGACCUGUAUUACCACAUGACAUCACAAGGUGGAACACAAAACGCAACUCCAGAUGUCAGCACGCUCCUCUUUCCGGGGCUCAAAGUUUCGUCAUGUUUUUGCGAAGCCAGCGUCUCGAGAGCACAGUUUUGAUGGACUGCCAAUCACCCGCGGCGUCCAUGACACCCACUGCUGCGCCGUAAACCCCGCCUUCAUCGCCGUGGUGACAGAGUGCUCGGGCGGGGGGGCCUUCCUUGUGCUGCCCGUCACUCAUACCGGCCGGGUGGACCCCCUGCACCCUCGGGUGUGUGGGCACAGGGCACAGGUGUUGGACGUGAAGUGGAACCCGUUUGACGACCACUGCAUCGCCUCCUGCUCUGAAGACUGCACGGUGAAGGUUUGGGACAUACCAGUGAGUGGGGUGCAGAAGGACCUGACCUGGGCCACCAAGACUCUGAUGGGUCACUCCAGACGUGUGGCCAUCAUCGAGUGGCACCCUACAGCUGAAAACCUGUUGCUGAGCUCUGCCUAUGACUACAAGGUGCUGUUGUGGGACCUGUCACAGCCUGGGUCCGUGCUCAGGUCCCCAGUGCGUGUGGUCAUGAUGCCCUUUCUGUACCGCUGUCCCUCCGAGGCCCUGCUCCUGUCAGUCUCCUUCAGCAGAGACGGGAGCUCUCUGGCCGUAACCUCCAAGGACAGACGCAUCCGAAUCCUGGACCCACGCAUGGGGAAGAUACUGCAGGUGUCCAGCAGGGGGCCACACAGAGCCAGUAAAGUGCUGUUCAUCAAUGACAAGAUGCUCCUCUCCACUGGCUGUUCUCCGUGGAACCAGAGGCAGAUUGUGCUGUGGGACCCGGAGGACCUGUCUGAGCCUCUGUAUGAGGAGGACCUGGACGGAGCAGCUGGAGUCCUGUUUCCUUUCUAUGACCCCGACACAAACAUGCUGUACCUGGCUGGGAAGGUUGGACCCUCUGGUGAUGGGAAUAUUCGGUACUACGAGCUGAGCGGCGAAAAGCCUUUCCUCAGGUUUCUCACUGAGUUCAGGUCCUUGCUGCCACAGAGAGGCCUGGGAGUGAUGCCAAAACGUGGGUUGAACAUAAAAACGUGUGAAGUUUACAGGUUUUAUCGCCUCAUUUGUGUCAAAGAUUUGGUGGAGCCGGUUUCGAUGAUCGUCCCCAGGAAAGAGCCUGGUAUUUUCCAUGAAGACUUGUAUCCACCGACAGCAGGAAACCAGGCGGCCAUGACGGCUCAAGAGUGGCUCGCAGGGGUCAACAGAGGACCUAUACUCAUGUCUCUGAAGCCUGGGACUCGAGUGACCAACCCAUACCCAGAAUCGGCUCCUGAGAGAGGGCUAAACCGACUGCCCAGCUCCCACUGGAUCCACUUAGAGCCAGACCUCAAUGCACUGACACGAGACAUGGACUUUAUGGAGGAGGCGUUCUAUGAGGAGCAGUUGUCUUACCAGGAUCUGAAGUUCUCCCAUGAGGUGAAUGAUCUCUCAGGCUGGACCGUGGAUGAGACGUUUCUGCCUCUGUGGCCGUACUGCUGCACACCGCACUGCUGUGAGCCCACUGAGAGACCACCUCCAAACACUGAGUCAGAGCUUUUACAGGCAUUUUACAAACAGCAAGAAGAGAUAAGAGAACUACGGGAGCAACUGAAUCAGAAAGAGGAGAGAAUUUCCCAACUUGAAAUAGAGAUUAAAGUAACAAGAAACAGCAUGAGGGCUUCGUUCUGAAUGUGUCUUUUAUUUUUAGUUCAAUCAUUUUGUUUUUGUAAAAUUCUUUGUAAGCACUGAAAGAUUUUGAUAAAUUUAUGUUGACUGCAAUGCACCUUUUCCCCACCAGAUGUCACUAAAGAUCAGAUGCUGUAGAAAUAUUGGUAUCUGUUCUUUUUAAAUAGAGUUAAGAACAAUAAAAUUACUUUGAUGUGAAGUCAAAUUUGCACUUCUGAAUAAAAAGACUAAAAGAAUGUACAAUUGCAAA